AGUGUUUCCAAUGCCAAAGCCAACGUAGCUUACUUAAGCGUUCAACAUUUGUUUUCUCCAAUAGCUAUAACCUUUUGCUUCUUUAUCAAGGUAUUUGCUUUCUUUUUAUCAACCUCACCUUUCCUUGCUCUCAUUAAUGGAAUCUGAGUUUCUUGAUGUUGGUUGAAUAUGUUCUAAACAUUUCUUUCUUUGGUGGGAAUUCGGCAACCGGACUACGGAGUCAGUGGUUUGAGCUUUGAAACAAUAAACCCGAAUUCCCACCAAGAGCUUUGAUUCAGUUAAUUCCAUUAGGAAUAAAAUUACUUUUAAUUAAGUUAAAAGGAGGGAAGUAUGGAGCCUCUGUGUGAUUUUUGUGGGGUGUUGAGGGCAGUGGUGUAUUGUAAAUCGGAUUUGGCACGCCUUUGCUUGCAUUGUGACGGAUGUGUACACUCUGCCAAUUCUUUGUCCCGUAGGCACAUGCGUUCGCUCUUAUGUGAUAAGUGCAAUUCCCAGCCUGCAAUUGUCCGCUGCAUGGAUGAUCAAAUGUCUCUUUGUCAAGGCUGUGAUUGGAAUGGUAAUGAGUGUUCAAGGCUGGGGCAUCGACGCCAGUCAUUGAAUUGUUAUACAGGUUGUCCUUCUUUGACAGAGUUGUCAAGGAUUUGGUCUUCUCUUCUUGAUUCGUCUUCUUCAAGUAAUUUUGAUAGUGGUUGGGAGUACAUGACUACACAGCCUAUGAGUGAGAACUGCAUCAACAACUGUUUGGAACAAAGGGAUAACGAGGGCUCAUUGGAGUUGGUGGCAACUAAACCGAAUGAAAUUGAACCUUGCUCUAAAUUUGAGUCUUGGACAGGGCUGUCUUCUUUGAUUCCAACAAAUCCAAAUUACAUGCCAUACUGCAGAGAUCAAGCACCUUUCUUUUCUGAAGAAUUAAAUUUACCAAAGGAAUCUUCGAAUUUCAAGGAUCUUAUUGAUACUGAUGAUCUCUGUGAAGGCCUCAACAUGGAUGAUGUGUCAUUAAAAAAUGGCGAGAUAUUUGGCUGUCCCCAAGGUUCUACUAGAUACCAGUUUGAGGAUGGAGGAAUGGAAUGUCUAUCGAUGGAGAAAAACCUAUCAGUCACUGAAUCUAAUGGUCCUAUUGAGAGUGCUUUAGAGGCAUCGUCAUCAGGACAGCAAGAUUGUGUGGGUUUUCAAUCCUCUCAUGUUGGUGGGUCAGCUAGUAUGAUGCCUGUUAAUGGUGGUCCAAAUUGCUUACUUCUGAAUCCUACUCACACCAGAAACAUCAAUCUGGGGUUUCCUACUGGGCAAGUUCAUUCAAGCAUAUCACUUUCACUAUCCAACAUCACGGGUGAAAGCAGUGCAGCUGAUUAUCAAGAUUGUGGAUUAUCACCAGUAUUUCUGACAGUUGAAUCACCUUGGGAAUCAAAUUUGGAGGCUAGCUGCCCACAAGCAAGGGAUAAAGCUAAGAUGAGAUAUAAUGAAAAAAAGAAAAGUCGAACGUUUGGUAAACAAAUAAGAUAUGCCUCUCGUAAAGCCAGAGCUGAUACUAGAAAGCGUGUGAAAGGGAGAUUUGUGAAACAAGGUGAGGUAUAUGAUUAUGACCCCCUCACGACAAGUGACUUCUGAGCCAUUUCACCCAAUCUCCAUGUCUUGCCUUUUAAGACAAAGCCUAAUUGGACAAGACUGGGAUUGUCCAUAGUCAACUGAGCAUCAUCUUCCUACAGCACAGUUCAUGCGUACAAUGAUGGAUCUUCAGCAUUGGUAGUCACUUAGAAUAAAUUAAUUUAGACUUGGUCACGUCUCUGACAAUCUGCAAUGGCAAUGGAUAUUCAGUCAGGAAAUAGAAUUGAUGAAGAAAGUCGAGUGAGGACCUUUUGGUCAUGUUCUUUAGCCUAUCCUUAUGUAGAACCUCCUCUUGCUUUUGCUGCCAGCUCCAGCAACCUUUCUUAAGGCAGAAACCUUAUUGCAAGUCAUUUUUUUGUUAUUGUAGUUGCAUUCAUAUAUUUAAUCAGUCUCUACUCCAUGUAAUGAUUCCAGAUUUAUAUUUUACAAAUUGUAAUAAAACUAGAGCUUCCAUAUUUAAGAAUGAUAAGUAACACUUACCCUUCCACCACAGGUAUGUUUUUGUAUUUAAAGCUUCUCAGUUCUACUGGUUUCUGUUACUUGAAAUUUAAA